AUGGUGAAAUCACUCAUCGCCAGGUACAACUCCGAUAGCAGUUACACCAAUGAUAUGAACAAGAAGCAUAAUGACAUUGUCAAUGAGGUCCAUGCAACCUUACCCUUGAAGGAGAAGCAUCAAAUAAUCCACUUGUAUGUUGAUCUCAUGAUGGAGAUGAUGCAAAGUGGCAUCAGUGAUGGCUCCUACCACUCUGCGAUGACGAGCAGGGACCUUUCCAACAACAACUUUGAAAUCCCAGUGGAGGAUCCAACCAUUGACAACAUGGACAUGUUGCUUGGUUAUCCAACAAUGGAGAUCAUGGCCACGAGGGUGGCACAGGAGGUGCCACGUAGGCAACCCACCUCUCGGAUGGAGAAGAAGCACAUUGGGUUUUGGACCAAGCCAGAGCAUAGGUUGUUCCUCCGCGGUUUGCAUGUGUAUGGCCAUGGUAACUGGAAGAACAUCUCUAAGUACUUUGUCAAGACCAGGACACCGAUGCAAGUCUCCAGCCAUUCCCAGAAGUACUUCCAGAGGUAG